UAGACUCCAAGUCCGAAUACUUAUGUCUUUAAUAGGGAAUGUAUUUGGUGGAAGUCUUAUGAAGGACUCUUCUUUGUGUCAUUAGGUUGAGACGGCCUUAUUUCAUUUGUACGUAUUUUGUUUCCUCAAAAUGCUGUCCUUUCUUUCCAUGUGGCACCAACACAGCACAGCGUGCACAGAUCACUAUGACCCCUUUCCAGUUAAUGAGGCUGAUGAGAACCAGCCCCAUUUCCAGGGCGUGACUGGUCUGCAGAACCUGGGCAACACAUGCUACAUGAAUGCCAUCUUACAGUGUCUCUGCAGCAUCUCACCGCUGGUGGAAUACUUUCUCUCUGGAAAGUACAUUACCGCUCUUCAAAAGGAUUGCAGUGAGGUUGCCACUGCUUUUGCCUACGUGAUGACAGACAUGUGGCUUGGAGACUCUGACUGUGUCUCACCAGAAAUAUUUUGGUCAGCUUUUGGCAAACUUUACCCAGCAUUUAUGAAAAAGACACAGCAAGAUGCUCAGGAAUUCUUGAUUUAUGUCCUGAAUGAACUUCAUGAAACUCUGAAAAAGUACCACCGAAGAAGAUCAUAUGAAAAAAGAUCUAUUCCGAGAUCCUGCAGGAAGAUGAUUGCCAACGAGUCCUCCAUCAUCACCCGGCUGUUUGAAGGGCAGCUCAAUUAUAGCAUCAUAUGUUUAAAGUGUGAGAACUGUACCUACAAGAAUGAAGUCUUCACCGUCCUCUCCCUCCCCAUUCCAUCCAAAUACGAGUGCUCUCUUCAGGACUGUCUCCAGUGUUUCUUUCAACAAGACACACUGGCCUGGGACAACCAAAUUUACUGUUCCUUUUGCGAAACCAAGCAAGAAACAGCUGUGAAGGCCAAUAUUUCUAAAGCACCAAAAAUAAUUGUCUUUCACUUAAAAAGGUUUGACAUUCUGGGUACAAUGAAAAGGAAACUGAGGACAGAUAUUCAUUACCCGCUCACUAACUUGGACCUUACUCCUUACAUUUGUCCAAUUUUUCGGAAACAUCCUAAAUAUAACCUCUGUGCAGUGGUGAACCACUCUGGUGAUCUGGAUGGUGGCCACUACACUGCUUUCUGCAAAAACUCAGUGACUCACGCCUGGUAUAACUUUGAUGACACACGAGUCAGUGAGAUUCCAGAUACUUCAGUUCAAACUGCUACAGCAUAUCUCCUAUUCUAUAGCUGCCAGCCCUUUUCUAUACCUAUACAAAAACGCAAGAGUUAG